AUGCAAAACCCAGAAAGACCAGUUGUUUGGAAAGAGUUAGGCCAAUAUCUAGACACCCUACAACCGAUUCAUCAAGAAAAACCGUCUUCCCUCCCAGAUUUACCAUCUCCUAGCUACAAAGACUCAUUGUCCAACCCAUUGAGAUAUCGCAUCUGCAACAAUUGUGAUAGACCCAUUCUUCAAAGCUGUUUAUCUAAACACAUCAAAAUCUGUAACCAAAUCGUGAAAGUAGAGAAACUUGAAGAAGACGAUAAGCCAAUGAACAUGGUUCGAAAAAGAAAAAAUCAGGUACUGGAAGAGUCGAAGGAAUCUACUCCAGUCACCAACACUAAUUCGACUAAUUCUUCCAAUGCUAUCAACUCAACUACUUCAAAGAAGACCAAGAAAGUUAAGCUUCCGAAGGAAAAGAAACCGAAGAAGGAGAGAGUCAAGUCAACUGCCAAGCCCAAGGGUCCUGUGGACGUUGAAAGACAAUGUGGGGUUCCCUUACCAAACGGUGGCUAUUGUGCUAGGUCUUUGACUUGUAAGACCCACUCUAUGGGUGCAAAAAGAGCUGUACCUGGUAGAUCUGCUCCUUACGAUCAGUUACUGGUUGCCUAUCAAAGGAAGAAUCAAGCAAAGUUCGCAGCUAAUGCGGCCGCUGCCCACGCAGCUAGAGAUGACUUAAUUCACGGUUCUCAAAUACCUAUUGAUGAAGAUGAUGAAGCUCAUCAGGUUUUGGAUGGAGUUGCCAAAUCUUAUCCUCUACCAUUGGAAAGAAAGGUAAUAAUGCCAGCGAGGUCCCGAUCAUCCUUCUUGAGAAUGCGAGAGAUGUUUGCAGGUGCAAUUUUACCUAGAGUACCAACUAAUCCGUUUGGGAACCUUUAUAGUAGGACUGCUGUUAUUGAUGUUGAUAGGGCAGGUGAUUAUUACUUCUCCGUUCGUGCUUCUCCUAGAAUGCCAAAUCAGCAACAAAAUAAAACUCAGAAGAACCCACAACCUCCACGACCGCAAGUUCAACAGCAGCAACAGGCUCAAAAAUCACAGCAAUCUCCACCUCAAGCGCAGCAACAGAUAUCACAAUCUGCUGGACAGCAGACAUCUCAAACUGUUCAAAGACUUGUACAACAACAACAACGAUUGCAACAACAACGCCAACAGACCCAGAUACAACAACAACAGCAACAUCAGCAACAGCAGCAACAACAACAACAUCAACAGCAGCAGCAACAGCAACAGCAACAGCAACAACAACAAACUCAUAUGCUUCAACAGCAACAGCAACAGCAACAGCAACAGCAAAUGCUACUCUUACAACAACAGCAACAGCAACAAGCUCAACAGCAACAGUCACCACCGAUUACCCACCAAUCACCAAUCCCCGACAACCGUCCUUCGAAUCAACUGCCGCAACAGUAUUCUCAGAUGACGCCGCAACAAUUGCAGCUUCAGCAACAAUUGCAGUUACAACAAAAGCAGAAAGAACAAUUUCGACUGCAGCAGCAACAGCAUCUGAGGAAUCUCCMCAUGCGUAURACUCCGCAACAGCAACAACAGUUUGCAAACCUUACACCCGAGAAAAGAGCUCAAUUUCAAAGGAUGCAAUUAGUUCAGCUCCAACAGCAGAUAAAAAAUCAAGCAAUUCAAAAUCAGAUGCAGCAGCAGCAACAACAGCCAUCACAUGUACAAUCACAAGCACAGACUCAAUUUCAACAGGCACAGCUAAAAGCCCAGUCAAGGGCACAAGUGCUUCAGGCUGCUCAAAGACAGAUGCAAAAUUCUCCAACCAGCCCAGUAACUUCUAUGAGCUCACCUCUUGCAAUUCCAUCAAAUUUGGCCAAUCAAGGGCCGAAUCAAACCUCCCAGCUACCAAAUGAGCAAUUGUCAAAUCCGCUCAUGGGAAAUCAAUUCCAAGGUCAAUUUAAUCAGUAUCAACCAAAUUACAGGGAGAAUUAA